AUGCUUUGAAUGCCAACCAGCCCAAAGGAUUAUUUUUUUAUGUUCAGUAUAUAACGUUGGACAGCAAGAUCAUUUUGGAUAUUUCGUUUGGCGGGAGAAAAGUGUUGUACUCGGAUUUAACGUAGGCUCUUUAAAAUGUUGAGGAUAUUUCUCGUCCUUGCUCUCCUGGCAGUUGUUCGAUGUAGAAUUGGGGGUGGAAUUUUUCAUACUGAUUACUACUACGAAGGAGAAUCUGAAUCUAGCGAAUCUUCAAGCGAACCUUCAAGCGAAUCCUCCAGUGAGACCUCUAGUGAAACCUCUUCAUCCUGCUCGUGUACCCCGGUUGACGUCGGCAAGUGUUGUGACGACUGCCCAUACUGUAAAGAUGAAAAUGCCGUAUGUGACAUAUACGGACAUGCUAAAAUGUGCAUCUGCAAGGAUGACUUCAUAUUCGACUACGGAUGCAUGAAGUGUGUUCCUGAUAAUGGACCCUUAACUACGGAAACGGCACAUACGACGCCGACGACACCGCAGACGACGACACCGCAGACGCCGACACCGGAGACGACAACACCUGGAUCGUGCAUCAGAUAUCGAGAGGUAUGCCAAGCCGAUCCCGACAGCUGUUGUGUACAUGACGGUCUUAAAUGUAUUGCUGGGACAUGCGAGUGUAGUAAUCCGGGCAUGAUAUAUGACAGCUUUGAGGAGAAAUGCUGUGGACAUAAGCUGGGCGAAACUUGUUGCUUAAAAAAGGGCUAUGACGAAUGUAAUAUGCUCGGAGAUUUCAACAGGAUAUGCGACCCGAACAAUAGCACGUGUGUUUGUUCGUUUGACACAACUCCAACAAAUGGUUUUUGCAUGUAAACAGUCGGAAACGGGCAAGGCUAGCCAGGCGCAUGAUGUGAACAAAUUGGUUUGAUGACAUCACACUGGCGACACAUACUGAAUUUCACAGUUUAACGUUAUGAUACUUAAUAAUAAUAAAUUUGCUAUGUAAGCAGGGAUAUAACUAUGUGUACAUUGAGGUCCAAUCAGACUGAACUCUGUGUAAAUUGUGGUCCAAUACGAUUGAACUCUGUGUACAUUGAGGUCCGAUGUGAUUAAAGUAUGUGUACAUUGAAGUUCCAUGGGAUUAAAGUAUGUGUACAUUGACGUUCCAUGGGAUGGAACUCUAUGUUCAUUGAUAUCACAUUAGUUUGAAGUCUGUGUACAUUGACGUUCAAUAGGAUGGAACUCUAUGUUCAUUGAUAUCACAUUAGUUUGAAGUCUGUGUACAUUGAAGUUCCAUUGGAUUGAGCUCUGUGUUCUUUGAUAUCCCAUAAGAUUGAAGUCUGUGUACAUUCAGUUCACAUCGGAUUGGACUUCGUGUACAUUGAGGUCCCAUUGGAUUCCAUGGCUGAAGGACCUGGAGAUAGGAAUGUUUCCUUUAUAUUCAGUGUAGAUAUGACAUUAAAAAAUUGACCUAUUUUAGAUUUCAAAUUGUUAAAAUAUGGCGUGGUAUUACGUUUUCAAAUUUUUAUAACGAUGUCAUCUGCUACCAGUUAUUAUAGUGUAAAUUGUUAUGUAAAUCGAUUAUUCUGAGUUCGUUAAAAAUAUUUCAUUUGCUUUAAUAUAUGAACAUGUAUGACAAGGUGGAUUUCGAAAUCAAAUGAUUAUUAGUUGAAAGCAUUUAUUUUGUCCACCUUAACGAAUUUGAUAAUUCCGCACAACUUUUAGAAAUAAAUAUUAUAUUUUUUGAAUUGAUCGUAUGGUGUGUGUGUUUUAAAAGUGUUUAAGUAUGAAACGUGCUCUCUCUCAGUACAUGAUUGUGGAUGAACACUUGUGCAUUGACCGUUACUAUGCACUGUCCAUAUAUGAGGCUUGGAAUAUAAACAAUUCAUAGUGCAUACUUACAGCGUAAAAGUGCGUUAGUUCUCAAAAUGACUGUAUGAGUUUGAGCAUCAUUUCUUUUGAUAUCUUCGGUGUAGGUUUAAUAAAUUUGAAUGUUUAUAGAGGUGGUUUUGCAAUCUUACCAACUCGGCCAUCUCCAGCAAGCUUCAUAUCUGUUGGAUAAUGGCCGAGGUGUUCCGAUUGGUAGUUGUGUUGAUUUGUUUGACUUGUUGUUUUUUUUCAAGAAAAUAUUGUUAGUUUAAAAUGACACAAUGCAUAUCUAUGAUGAAUAAUAAUGUUACCUUCAAGAGAUCUAGGCAUAUUUAUGAUAAAUAAUGAUGCUACCCUCAAUAGUGAUAUGCAUAUCUAUGAUGAACAAUGAUACAAUAUUGUGUAUGUAAUGAUCAAUUGUUUGACAUGGACUGUUAAGAAUACUGUUGUUAACACGCAGAUGAUAUGUAUUGCGAUAUUAUAUUUCAAGUCUUCUUCUUACGCAGAUAUUUCAGCUUAUGCAUGUUAAACUACGUUAAACUACGCGGUGUAAUUAAUGCUAUUGAAAACACGGUCAAAAUAUCAUGUAGUUUAUUCGGAGUGUCCUCCGAGACAAAUGUUCAUAAUACCAAACGACUAUAGAGAACUUAAUAUACCAAAAUACAUUUAAAUUUGAAAUAAAUCAUUUGACGUGUCUUAUCGUUCUUAAACUUAUUGAAAAGAAUAAACUUAAGAAAUAA